CCAGCCCUUUCUUCUGCUGAAGCUCUUGCUGGUCUGCACAGGGGGACCACUGCAUUGCCACUGACACAAAGGAAUACCAAGCACACACCAUGAGCACCACCAAGUCUUCAUACAAGAGGAUCUUUGGGGGGAACCCCAGAUCUAGCUCUUCCGGAGGUCGCUAUGUCACCUCCAGCAGCAGGUACAACUUGGGCAGUGCCUACCGCCCUGCAUACAGCAGUGGCGGUGGUCUCACCAGCAGAGUGGUCUACACAACUUCAUCUGCCCCUUCCAUCAGCAAGUCUUCCUCUGUCAGGCUGAGGAGCAGCCUCCCUCCAGCCAGGAUGUCCGACAGCGUAGACUUCUCCCUGGCAGAUGCCAUCAACUUGGAGUUCAAAGCCAACAGGACCAAUGAGAAGGCCGAGAUGCAGGAGCUCAAUGACAGGUUUGCCAACUUCAUCGAUAAAGUUCGAUUCCUGGAGCAACAGAAUAAGAUCCUUUUGGCGGAAUUGGAUCAGCUGAAAGGAAAGGGGACCUCCAGGGUGGGAGACCUGUAUGAAGAAGAAAUGAGGGACCUCAGGAGGCAAGUGGACCUUCUGACCAACGAGAAAUCCAGGGUGGAGGUGGACAGAGACAACCUGGCAGAUGAUCUGCAGAGACUCAGAGAAAAGUUGCAAGACGAAAUCAUUCAGAAGGAAGACGCUGAGAGCAACCUGCAGUCAUUCCGACAGGAUGUUGACAAUGCCUCUCUGGCCCGUAUCGACCUGGAGCGCAAACUGGAAUCUCUGCAAGAAGAAAUUAUUUUCCUGAAGAAGUUACAUGAAGAGGAAAUCCGUGAACUUCAAGCACAAAUCCAGGAACAACACGUCCAGGUUGACAUGGACGUCGUCAAACCAGAUCUCACAUCAGCGCUGCGAGAUGUCCGUCAGCAGUAUGAGAAUGUGGCCUCUAAGAAUCUGCAGGAUGCCGAAGAAUGGUACAAAUCCAAGUUUGCUGACCUGUCCGAAGCUGCUAAUCGCAACAAUGAUGCCUUGCGUCAAGCUAAGCAGGAAACGAAUGAUUACCGCAGACAGAUCCAGGCCCUGACCUGUGAGGUGGAUGCAGUGAAAGGAUCUAAUGAGUCUUAUGAACGCCAAAUGCGUGAAAUGGAAGAGAACUUCGCCCUUGAAGCUGCUAACUACCAAGACACUAUUAACCGCCUGCAAGACGAGAUUCAGAACAUGAAGGAGGAGAUGGCUCGUCACCUGCGCGAGUACCAGGAUCUGCUGAACGUGAAGAUGAUGCUUGAUAUCGAAAUUGCAACCUACAGAAAACUGUUGGAAGGAGAGGAGAGCAGAAUUUCCAUUCCUGUACAUUCCUUCUCUAACAUGAGCUUGAGAGAAACUAACCUGGACUCUCACCCAGUAUCAGAUUCCCACUCCAAAAGAACACUUCUGAUCAAGACUGUGGAGACCAGGGAUGGUCAGGUCAUCAAUGAAAGUUCCCAGGAGCACGAUGACUAUCAGGACUGAGGCCUGAACCUGUCCCUGAGAAGUUCCUGACCAGCGACGUAACAAUGUCCCCUGUGUUUCAACUUUGAAGAAAACCAGCUUUUCAAGUGCCUUUUGCUGUUACUUCAGGGGCGGGAGGAUAGACUUCUUACAAAAGAGGAGGUAGGCAACCUGUAGCUCUCCAGUUAUGGCCUGCUGGGGCUUGUAGUUCCUCCAACAGCUGGAGAACCAUAGGUUGCCUAGACCCGCUGUAGAGGGCGAUUAGUUAUUGGGGUUUUGCAGAGUGAAGUCUUACUUUGGGGUUUACUUCAGUCUAGUUUACAAAAAAAAGGAAAAAACACUUCAUAGCAAUAUCUUGUGCCGCCAUACUGUUUUUACAAUUUCCAAGAAAAGCUUUUUACCUCCAGAAAACCUGUCAGUGCUUUAAAUAAACCUUUA